AUGAACAUAUUCGAGCUCCGUGAUGUCGUCCUUAAGCGAGACCAUGGCAACCCAUACCUCUCGUCUCGUGGCGCGCAGGAAAUGGUUGUGAGCAUUGUGUUUACAACGCUCGCUUCAUGCUUUGUUGGUCUGCGCAUGUUCACUCGUAUUGCCCUUAUUCGCCGUGUCGAGGCCAGUGACUGGGUAGUGAUUAUCGCAUUGAUCAAUUCAUACGUCUUCAUGGUGUUGGAUAUAGUGGAGGCUACCAACGGAAUGGGCAUGCACCUCAAGGAUAUCCCACCCAUGAUCCUUGAGAGACAGCUGAAGGCUUUCUGGCUCACCAUUCCUUUCUACAAUGCCGCUGUUCUAUGCGCCAAAGCUUCGAUCCUCUUGCAAUACUUCCGUGUUUUUCCCACCCACCGCAUGCGUCUCAUAUGUUGGAUCAUGAUCACCAUUCUUGCUAUCUACGGCACUUGGGCUGUGGUCAGUGCUUUCCUGAAUUGUGUCCCUAUCGCCAAGUUCUGGGACCCUACAAUCAAGGGCUUCUGUUUGAGCAAGCCUGGUCUAUGGUUCUCCAAUGCCAGCAUGCACAUCACCACCGAUCUCGCCAUUCUUGUCAUUCCCAUCCCUGCUUUGAUCCAAAUUGAUAUCCCCAAGAGGCAAAAGAUCGCUUUAAUCUUGAUGUUCGCCAUGGGUGGAUUUGUUUGCGUCACCAGUAUCAUCCGGCUGGUCGCCCUCAAGAAGAUUUCCGACUCCAACGAUCCUACCUAUGAUAACGUCGGCGCCGCGUCCUGGUCUGCCAUCGAAUGCAACACAGGCAUCAUCUGCGCUUGCCUUCCAACCCUAAAACCCCUACUCUCCCACGUCAUGCCAGGUCUGAUUCCCACUUUCAGCGGCAAUCGUCCUGCCUAUGGCAACAGCCGUCGACCCAAUCACCGCUCUGGUAAUUGGGACGAGUCAACCCUCGGUGCUCCCGGAGAAGAACCCGAAGUCGUCGGUGUGGAUUAUUCCGACCGCAUGGAGAUGGCUCCAGGACACAACAAUGAAAAGUCCAUGCCGCCGAAUCAUCGGAUCACUAAGACUACCUCUGUUACGGAGAUGUCGGAGUACCAAGAAUAUCAGCACCAGCAUUCUAUUUCUGAGUUGUCAUCUGCGCAUCUCUAUUCUCGGCAUUAA